AUGAAUUACGCAGAAGAUCAAUCACUUAUUGAAAGUGAGAGGGAGUUUGUUGAGUUCCUUGAUGAGUCUGAUUUUUACAGGGGUCGAUUAGUCAACAUGAUAAGCGACGGAAAAUCGCGCUUAAUUAUCAGCGUCAAUGACCUCCGUCGCGAGAAUCCUAAAAGGACUGAACAGUUAAUUUCCAACGCAUUCGCUGAACUGCUUGCAUGUCAGCGCGCCCUCAAAAUCUGUGUACAGAAUAUUAAUCCAGAUUACGCCCAUAGAAACAGCGACUUCUUCGUUGGUUUUGAGGGGAGCUUUGGAUCAAUGCAUGUUUCGCCACGGACUCUUACCUCUGCUCUCUUAGGGCAUAUGGUGUGCGUGGAAGGAAUAGUAACUAGAGCAUCUAUCGUUCGUCCCAAGAUCACGUGCAGCGUUCAUUAUUGUUCAGUCACAAAAAAGACUAUUGAACGUCGAUACGCUGAUAUGAGCAGUUUGGAUGCUUUCCCUUCUGCUGGUGCUUACCCAACUAAGGACGAAAAUGGUAAUUUACUGGAAACUGAAUAUGGGCUCUCUACGUAUCAUGAUCAUCAAAAAAUUACCAUUCAGGAAAUGCCAGAAACGGCGCCAGCCGGCCAGCUGCCUAGGUCCGUCGAUGUUCUUUUGGACAACGACCUAGUUGAUUCUUGCAAGGCUGGUGAUCGAAUUCAAGUUGUCGGUCAAUUUCGCUGUCUUCCUGGGAAAAAGAAUGGUUAUACUUCCGCCAGCUUCCGCACGGCUCUGAUCGCGAAUAAUGUUCAACUCUUCAGUCAACAAUCGGAGCCUAACUUUUCCGACAAAGAUAUCGGCAUGAUGCGGCUUAUUUCUAAGCGUCACGAUAUCGUAGAUCUUCUUGCUCGUUCUUUGGCACCUUCCAUCUACGGUCACCGCUAUAUAAAGAAGGCGAUACUUUAUUUGCUCCUGGGUGGUGUGGAGAGAAUAUUGCCAAACGGUUCGCGUAUAAGAGGUGAUAUAAACGUGCUCCUUUUGGGCGACCCCUCGGUUGCAAAGUCCCAAUUUCUCCGUUUCGUCCUUCAUGUCGCCAAUCUGGCUAUCCCAACUACUGGCCGUGGCUCUUCAGGAGUCGGUUUGACCGCUGCUAUUACCACUGAUCAUGAAACUGGUGAACGCCAGUUGGAAGCCGGUGCCAUGGUCUUGGCAGACCGCGGUAUUGUCUGCAUUGAUGAGUUCGAUAAGAUGUCUGAUAUUGAUCGAACGGCCAUCCAUGAGGUGAUGGAACAAGGCCGUGUGACGAUCGCCAAGGCUGGCAUUCAGGCCCAACUCAAUGCAAGGUGCUCGGUGUUGGGUGCCGCCAAUCCCGUCUACGGCCGCUAUGAUCAAUACAAAACACCGAUGGAGAACAUUGGCCUGCAGGACUCGCUGCUGUCGCGAUUUGAUCUGCUUUUCUUGGUGCUGGAUAAAGCAGAUCCUGAAGGUGAUCGUGGAAUUGCCGAGCACGUUCUUCAAGCUCAUCAGUAUCGCACUCCAGGUGAGCAGGAGGGUGAAGCUAUGCCACUGCAGGAUAUCACCGUACAUCUUGCCACCUGCAACAUGGACCCCAAUAUGGUCGGAGGCGCUGCUGGUAUUGACGCUGAGGAGCAUCGUAAGGAUUCAGCUGACCAGGUGUUUGAAGAUCAGGGUGGUGUCAUUAGUAGUGGUAGAAGUUUAAAAAACACGGAGUGCUUUACAAUAAGCUUCCUAAAGAAGUACGUUCAUAUCGCCCGCCAGUUGCGGCCCCAAUUGAGUAAGGAGGCUGCAACCAUCAUAUCAGAGAAGUACUGUGAUUUAAGAAUGCAACAGGAUGCCGAAAAUUCGACCUUGCGUCGCACUCAGCCUGUCACUGCUCGUACGCUUGAGACGCUCAUUCGUCUGGCCACGGCAAAUGCCAAGGCUCGCAUGUCAAAAACUGUCACUAGGAUAGAUGCCGAGGCCGCCGUGGAGUUGAUUUCUUUCGUUCUCUUCAAGGAGGUAUUGGAAAAGUCCCGUCGAAAAAGACCUCACACCACCGAAGGGGAUGGAGGCAGUGGAUCUGGGCUGGAUACGGGUUCCAAUGAGGAGACGGAAAACACGAUACAUAGACCACGUAAAAGGGCAGCGACGGCGGAGGUUGAGUCGAGAGCUUUCGAGUCAACGUCGGGUGGUAGCGGCGGUGACGCCUGUGCCUUUGAUGAGGCGAGGUGUGGGAAACUUGGUCUAAGUGGAAUUAAACUUCCAGAGUCGCGCCUCCGCAUGCUCUCAACUCUUGUCUCUCGGGCCUUCCAGGAGCGUCGUGUUGAACAGCUCGCCAUUCCAGAGGCACGUCUGUCAUUGCCUUCGUUAUGGUGCAAACCUCAGAGUUCACGCGCUCUGAAAUUGUGGCUGGAUUGGACGCGCUACACAACAGCAACCGUAUCAUGGUUACAAACGAUGAUGUCUGGUUAA